CCGGGGUCAGUUUUGAAUUUGCCCGUCCGACGAACAUGCUUCGCGCAUCCGCAUCCGUAGCGCUGCGCCGCUCCCGUGUCCCUGCCGCCCGCUACAUGAGUGCGGCCACGACGGUGUCUACAACGACGCCCUUGACGACCGAGAAUGCUGCUGUGGUUCCGUCAACGCUGUCGUUCACGCAGACCGAGCGCAUCUUCGCCGCGAAGUCCACGGCAGAACUCGUCCGUGCAUAUGCGGUGUUUCAAACGUGCCAGAUCCCUUUCCUUGUGCGCCACAGUCAAGCGAUGAUCAACGUGUCGUACAAGGUCGUGGGCAGCACGAUCACGGACUGGGCGUUGAAGCACACGUUUUUCGGUCACUUUUGCGCUGGUGAAAACGCGGAAGACAUUCAACCUGCUUUGAAACGUUUGGAGUCGGCGGGUAUCGGUGCCAUUCUCGACUAUGCCGCAGAAGCCGACGUGGAAGCGGAGAAAAAGACCCCGUUGGACGGUGUCAGCUCCAACGAACUGCAAGCUCGUACAUACGACUAUGAAGACGAAGCCAUGUGCGACGCCAACAUGAGAAUCGCUUUGCAAGCCAUCCAAGAUGCCCCCGCCAAUGGGUUUACCGCUAUCAAGUGCACUGCCAUGGGAAAGCCCGAGCUCCUCCAGCGCAUGUCCAGCAUUCUCGUGGAAACUCAAUUGCUCUUCCAUUCGCUUGACGGUCCCGUGAGCCGCGCCAAGGAAAGCUACGUCGACCGAUUGGUAGACUACCCGACGUUCAAGACCGGUAUCCAAAGCGCUGGCGCGUCGUUUACCGAAGAAGAAUUGGACUCGCUCUUCCGAGCGCUUGAUGUAGAACAAGACGGUGUGAUCGACUACAUUGACUGGGUGAGCUACUUGAACACGAUGGACUUGACCAUGGGCCCGUUGACGCGCUUUCUCAAAGUCGACCCGCUCACGCCCGAAGAAAUCCAGCAAGUGAGCCAAAUGAUGUCUCGCUUGGAAACGUUGGCGGCGGCCGCCGAUGCCGCCAAGGUCAAGCUCAUGAUCGACGCGGAACAAACGUACAUGCAAGUGGCGAUUGAUCACGUCGUGCUGAACCUGCAGCGCCGAUACAACACGGACGGCCGCGAUACGAUUUACAACACGUUCCAGUGCUACUUGAAGGACUCGACGGACCGCGUGCUCAUCGACUUGGAGCGGGCCGAGCGCGAAAAGUUCCAAUUCGCAUGCAAGCUCGUGCGCGGCGCGUACAUGAUUCAAGAGCGCAAGCGCGCGCUCGACUUGGAGUACGCCGACCCGAUUCACCCGAGUUUGGAAGCCACGCACGCCAACUACAACUCGCUCGUGGAGUUGCUGCUGGUGCACAACCACCGCGCGAGUUUUAUGGUGGCCAGCCACAACGAAGACAGCGUCAAAAAGACCGUGGCCAACAUGGACGCGCUCAAGAUCCCGCGCCAUGGCGGCGGCGUCUACUUUGGCCAGCUCCUCGGCAUGUGCGACCACGUGUCGUACACGCUGGGCGCGGAAAAGUACCAAGUGUUCAAGUACGUGCCGUAUGGCCCUGUGGACGAAGUGCUGCCGUAUUUGAUCCGCCGAGCCCAAGAAAACUCGGGCAUGAUGAAAGGCGGCGCUGCCAAGGAACUCGGCCUCCUCGCCACGGAACUCAAGCGCCGCGUGGGCUUUGCCUAACCAACCCACUACACCUCGCAUUGUUUUAGAUCAGCACAUGAUACACCCAACCCCCCCCCACCAAACACGACCGCUUUAUUUAUUGACGUGUGUGCCCCAACCCUCGACACGACAGCGCUUGGAACUGAAUCGUGUGACAACGUUCGUGGGUCUGCGAUACAGUAUGUACAGGAGAUACCGCCAUGUCCGACUGACUUGCAGAGUAAGCUAUAAUAAAGAAAUAAUCACACCCACAACGAAAGCUUACGUUCGUUGACA